AUGUGGGGGAAUUGCGAAACAGGAAAAGGAAAACCGGUGAUCCGGGGUGAAUUGCCGGGAAACUUGCAGGCGACGUACCCGUUUAUUGCGAUGGAUCACAUACCGUCGCUACCCAGAUCCCACAAAGGGAACACAGAAUUACUGAUCUGGGUCGAUCGGUUCACUGGAUAUGUGAUCGCGAAAGGCCAGCUCGUCUUGAUCAGCCCAGACGGUCGCGGAAUCGUAUGA